AUGCAGUCAGCAGGUGCAGAAAACCCCGCCAUCUUCAUGUGCAAGUGCUGCAAUCUCUUCUCGCCCAGCCAGUCGGAGCUCCUGGCCCACGUUUCCGAGAAGCACGUGGAAGAAGGGGUGACUGUGGAUGACAUCAUCAUCCCCCUCAGGCCCCUCAGCACCCCGGAGCCCACCAACCCGAGCAAGAUCGGCGAUGAGCCCUUGUCCGUGAAGCGGAAGAGAGGCCGGCCGAAGGGGUCCACCAAGAAGCCCUGGGCUGAAGAGGAGCUGCUGGAACGUGCUGCGAGCCCCGCGGAGGACGGGCCGAAGGCCACGGAGGAGGCGGGCAGCCCGGUGCCCGGCAGCCUGACAUGCAGCAAGUGCUGCCGCAAGUUCUCCAACCCCCGCCAGCUGAGGAAGCACAUCUGCAUCAUCGUGCUGAACCUGGGGGACGAGGACGGGGACGCAGGUAACGACUCUGAUGGUGACCCAGAGAAGAAGUAUAAGGAAGAUGACCGAGACAAGGCCUCCAAAAGACCCCGGACACAGAAGGCCGAGAAGGCGCUGAAAACCUCAUCGGGGAAGGAGGCCGGGCAGCCCUCAGGGGCCAAGAAGCCCAUCAUCAGCGUGGUUCUCACUGCACAUGAAGCCAUUCCAGGUGCCACCAAGAUAGUUCCGGUGGAAGCGGGGCCCCCAGAAGCAGAAGCAGCCCAGCCCGAGAGUACCGUGGCUGACCUGGCGCAUCGCAGAGGGUACCAGGAGUACGCCAUCCAGCAGACGCCCUACGAGCAGCCGAUGAAGUCGAGCAGGCUCGGCCCCACCCAGCUCAAGAUCUUCACGUGCGAGUACUGCAACAAGGUGUUCAAGUUCAAGCACUCGCUGCAGGCGCACCUGCGCAUCCACACCAAGGAGAAGCCCUACCAGUGCGCGCACUGCAGCUACGCCAGCGCCAUCAAGGCCAACCUCAACGUGCACCUGCGCAAGCACACGGGCGAGAAGUUCGCCUGUGACUGCUGCUCCUUCACCUGCCUGAGCAAGGGCCACCUCAAGGUGCACGUGGAGCGGGUGCACAAGAAGAUCAAGCAGCACUGCCGCUUCUGCAAGAAGAAGUACUCGGAUGUCAAGAACCUCAUUAAGCACAUGCGCGAGGUGCACGACCCACAGGACCACAAGGUCAAGGAGGCGCUGGACAAGCUCCGCCUGCUGACUCGGGAGGGCAAGCGGCAGCUGCUCUAUGACUGCCACAUCUGCGAGCGCAAGUUCAAGAACGAGCUGGACCGCGACCGCCACAGGCUGGUGCACGGCGACCAGUGGCCCUUCGCCUGCGAGCUCUGCGGCCACGGCGCCACCAAGUACCAGGCCCUGGAGCUGCACGUGCGCAAGCACCCCUUCGUGUACGUGUGCGCGCUCUGCCUCAAGAAGUUUGUGAGCUCCGUGCGCCUGCGCGUGCACAUCCGCGAGGCGCACGCACGCGAGGCGCACGGGGCCGCGCAGGAGGCUGCGGUCUUCACCAGCUCCAUCAACCAGAGCUUCUGCCUGCUGGAGCCGGGCGGGGACCUCCACCAGGAGGCCCUGGGGGACCAGCUGCAGCUGGCCGAGGAGGAACUCGUGUUACAGGGGGCCAGCGUGCCCAAGGAGGCGGCCUGCACCGGAGAGGCCCAGCCCCGGGAGACCCCAAAGGGGCCGGAUACCCCAGGGAAGAGCCCUGCUCCGGCAGAACAAUCUGCUGCAGACCCAGCCGACGGGGUAGCAGGUGUGCUCUCCACAGGUCCUUCAUCUGCAGUGGCUACUGAUGACUUGUCGUUGAAAAGUGAUACCUCUGCCACCGCCCAGGAGCCCACUGUGCCUGAAAGACCGCAGACUCAGGACCAAGGGGCGACAGUGCUGCCCAAGGUCAAAGAGGCCAGUGUGCACCAGGAGGCCCAGGCUGUGGAGAGCCCCCCAUACCCAGGGCAGGAUGCUAUGGCCCUCCCACCUGUCGGCCUGGACCCCAGCAGGCAGCUCACGUCCACCCCUGCCCAGUCCCCCAAAAUGCGUCCCCCUGACGCAGGUGGUGGGGACGUGGCCACGCGUCAGCCUGACCCCUGCAAACCUCCGGAGCCCCCAGGAGACGUCACCCCCUUCAUGAAGAUCCUGAACGGCCUGCAGAAGAAACAGAUGACCCCGGGCCUGUGUGAGAGGAUCCGGAAGGUGUACGGCGAGCUGGAGUGUGAAUACUGUGGCAAACUUUUUUGGUACCAAGUGCAUUUUGACAUGCAUGUCCGCACCCACACCCGAGAACAUCUGUAUUAUUGCUCCCAGUGUCAUUAUUCUUCCAUCACCAAAAACUGCCUUAAACGCCAUGUAAUUCAGAAACACAGUAACAUCUUGCUGAAGUGCCCCACUGACGGCUGUGACUACUCGACUCCAGAUAAAUAUAAGCUGCAGGCACAUCUUAAAGUUCACACAGAGCUGGACAAAAGGAGUUAUUCUUGUCCUGUGUGUGAAAAGUCUUUUUCAGAAGAUCGAUUGAUAAAGUCACAUAUCAAGACCAACCAUCCCGAGGUCUCCAUGAGCACGAUUUCUGAGAUUCUCGGGAGGAAGGUGCAGCUGAAAGGCCUCAUAGGAAAGAGAGCCAUGAAAUGCCCCUACUGCGACUUCUAUUUCAUGAAGAACGGCUCAGACCUGCAGCGUCACAUCUGGGCUCACGAAGGUGUGAAACCCUUCAAGUGCUCACUGUGUGAGUACGCCACACGCAGCAAGAGCAACCUGAAGGCGCACAUGAACCGGCACAGCACUGAGAAGACGCACCUGUGUGACAUGUGUGGCAAGAAGUUCAAGUCCAAGGGGACGCUGAAGAGCCACAAGCUCCUGCACAUGGCAGACGGGAAACAGUUCAAGUGCACGGUGUGCGACUACACGGCAGCCCAGAAGCCACAGCUGCUGCGGCACAUGGAACAGCACGCCUCCUUCAAGCCCUUCCGCUGUGCCCAUUGCCAUUACUCCUGCAACAUUUCCGGCUCUCUGAAGCGUCACUACAACAGGAAGCACCCCAAUGAGGAGUACGCCAACGUAGGCAGUGGAGCACUCGCCGCUGAAGCCCUGGUCCAGCAAGGUGGUCUGAAGUGUCCCGUUUGCAGCUUUGUCUACGGCACCAAAUGGGAGUUCAACAGGCACUUGAAGAACAAGCAUGCGCUGAAGCUGGUGGAGAACGGAGGCGACUCCGGGUGGGAGCCUGCGACAGACGUUCCCGACGAGCCGUCCACCCAGUAUCUCCACAUCACUGCGGCCGAGGAAGAUGUCCAGGGGACACAGGCGGCCGUGGCGGCCCUCCAGGACCUGAGAUACACCUCCGAGAGCGGUGACAGACUGGACCCCACUGCUGUGAACAUUCUGCAGCAGAUCAUCGAGCUGGGCAGCGAGACCCACGAUGCCACUGCCGUGGCCUCCGUGGUUGCCAUGGCGCCAGGGACCGUGACUGUCGUGAAGCAGGUGACAGAGGAGCCCACCUCCAACCACACGGUCAUGAUCCAGGAGACCCUGCAGCAGACCUUGGCCGAGGAGCACCACCUGGUGGUGUCCUCCGAUGACAUGGACGGCAUCGAGACGGUCACGGUGUACACACAGGGCGGCGAGGCCUCCGAGUUCAUCUUCUACAUGCAGGAGGCCGUGCCCCACGUGCAGGAGCAGGCCCUGGACACGCCGGGCCCGGAGCUGUAG